AUGAUCCGCAAGAAAAAUUCCCCAUCGGAUCUGAACCUGAAGAACCCUGAUCAACUGACGAAGUCUGCUAUUGAACUCCAGGGUAAUUCUAGCUCAUUAAGGAAACUCUUAUCAUCGCAUUCAUCCAUCUAUAACGCGUUGGCUAACCCUGAACUUGAUGAGGGCGUCCGUCUCAGUCCUCAAUUGUCCCACAGUCCCAAGUUGAGUAGCCGUGAUUUUCAAAAUCAACUGCCAGACCUCCAAUUUAGCAUGACGUCAUGGCAGUCUGUCAGUAGUGGCGAUAUCCGUGAAGAUCAGCCUAGAGCUCCUGCUGCUAGUGGUGCUUCCGUAGAUCCUGUAUCUUCUCCAGCUACUUUCUCAUCGAAAAGACCCACUUCGUCUAUUCUUCUGUCUAUCUCAGAUGAUAACGAUAGCCAAUUGGAGAAGGGCGAUUCAACUAUCCUUAUUCCUUACCCUAAAAGGGUGAUUGUUUUUGAAACUGACGAGGAGGAAGAUGAUGACGACGAUGAUGACAAGACAUUAAACGUUAGUCAUAUCCCGAAGAAGAUAUCUUCUACUUUCCCAAAAUUUUCUUUUCCUUCUCACACCAACCCUACGGCGCCCCCUAUCCCUCUGGGAAGCUAUACAUUCGAUGCUACUUCGAUUUCUGGCCAAGAUUCGUUCAUAAUGCCCACAAUGUCUGUAAGUGAUAACAGUAACCUUAAUGCAGUUUCACGUAGAUCCAAGCGUCGUAAGCUGAAACUGAAACUGAGGCUGAAACUGAGAUUGAAAGAAAUGACAAAGCUAGGCAAAUCUUGUGGGACAUGUGAUGGAGUUGAAGUGUCGGUCUUGCUCACUUCGUCCUACCAAAAUGAUGCAAGUUAUCUCGUAGCUACCCUCGAAGAAGAUCUAUCCAAUCAACUGAAAUCUACUCAUUUACGAAGUUACUUGGUUGAUAAAGAUAUCUCAGACAGUGAUCUCUUGAAUAUCAGACAUUCGGACUUGAUUUUUCUUAUCAAUGAUGGAUCCUUCGCAUUCGUAGAAAAGUGUUUGAAGGUAUUCCAGGAAGCUGAAGAUGAGGAUGGUUGUGAAGAUGCAUUCCCCAAGGUAUCUAUUAUUAACUUGAUAACGGUUAACUACUUUAUUAAUCUAUUUGAUUUGAUAAAUAAUUUGAAACCCCAUCAAAUUUGGAAAGCUUCAUCUUUAAAGGCUACUCAAUUGAGAAGCAAAUUGAAAGAGUUUAUUGCGGGUGAAAUUGAAGAAGAUGAUGCUUCUACAUUGAAUAAUACUUCAGCAUCUGCUUCGCUUAUUAAGAAAUCAUUAUCUUCUUCUAUUGCCUCCACUUCAACUACUUCUAAAAAGCCCAAUUACAAGCAGAUUGAGAAAAGGUUUAAGAAUGAAUUACAGUAUUCUUCUCUGAGUUUGGAAAAUGUCGAUCCCUUGUUCAUUUCCAACAAAUGUACUUAUAUAAAUAUCAUGUCUUCGAUAUUUAAAAAUUUGCAAAGUACUUUUGAUUUGGAUAAUUACAAUUAUGGUAGACUUUGGUUCUUAUGUAGCUUCUCAUUGGGAAUUGGACUUGGAAUUGGAAUUGCUAAUGGAGCUACUACAAUUGUUGGGGUUUCGAUAUUGGGAAACGAAAGUAAGAUGCUUAGUUCGCCUGAUUUCAUAAAUUUUAAUACCGCACCUGACAUAAACUUAGCAGCUGGUUCUGCUACCAGAAAUGCUUGGAAUGUGGUUUACAAAAUAGGUGAAGCAUGUAAAGACUUCAAAGAUGAAAUCCUCGAGGACAUCACCAAGUCAAGUGUAUUUCUCGAAUUGAAGAAUAUUGCUAAUUUAUCGGCAAGUUAUUUGUAUGGUCUUAAUAUUCUCUUGUUGGACAACGUUAAGGGAGGUUUAGAAAAGGUAUUUGGACUUUUCAUGUAUAUUAAUUAUUAA